CAUGAAUGUUGAAAUUUCAACAUCCAUAUUUCGUCGUGUUUACUGGUGAUUUUCAUGAAUCCUAAAUUUUUGAUAGUAAUUAUUUGAUGAGAAAAGUUUCAAUAUGCCAGAUCGCAUAACCGUGAAACGUUUUAUCGAGGAGACGCGCGCAGAUCUAUCAUCGCCCGUAACUUCAAAUUUUGCUGAGCAUUCUACAUUAAAUUCAUGUCGAGCAUCGAUUAUUAGCUUGGAAGAGAUUUUGGACGAUAAUCGCUCACAUUUGCGCAACUUAAAGAAAUCUGUUAAAGGUCUUGUGGAGGCUGGAAAAAAUUAUGUGACAUCUGAAUGCUUGCUUGCUGAAAACCUUGAAAAGCUGGGGAUGUUUGUGCUUUCAAAAGAAGCAGAACCAAGCAUAGGAACAGCAUUUUUAAAAUUUUCUGUUGUUGCCAAAGAACUUUCAGCAAUUACCAAGAACAUGCUGAAUAAUUAUAGCAAUAUAGUACUGUUUCCUUUGGAGUCAAUUUUGAAAGGUGAUCUUAAAGAAGUUAAGGGAGAUUUGCGAAAGCCUUUUGACAAAGCAUCUAAAGACUAUGAUGCAAAAUACACUAAACUUGAAAAGGAAAAGAAGCAGCAGGCAAGGGAAUCUGGUUUUAUACGAACAGAGGUUGCUCCUCAAGAGAUGGCAGAUGAAAUGGAAAAAGAGCGGCGAUAUUUUCAAUUACAAAUGUGCGAGUAUUUAAUAAAAGUCAGUGAAGUGAAAAUCAAGAAGGGUGUAGAUCUUGCCCAGCAUUUUGUUGACUAUUAUCAUGCCCAAAAUACAUAUUUCUCAGAAUGCAACGAGUCAUUGGAGUCAAUUAGAGGCUACACAGAAACACUUGUUGUGGACUUAAAACAGCUAAGAGCUGCGCAGGAAAACGAGAGAAAAAGUUUAAUGACGCUUCGUGAUGAGGUGAAGGAAACAUUACAGUUAGAUAAAGAGAAAAGUCUUGAAAGAGCUGGUUACACAUUACACGGCCCUCAAGGAGACAUAAGUCAUGGAACAACGAUCAAAGGAUAUUUGUCGAAACGUAGCGAAGGAGUGCGUAAAGUGUGGCAGAAAAGAUAUUGCGUCGUCAAUAACGGUCAAUUAACAAUAGCAAAUUCCGCGAACAGCGCGCCAAAACACACCCUUAAUCUUUUGACAUGCCAAGUAAAGGGUUCUGUUGAAAGUGAAGGGAAGAAAAGCCCUAUAUUUAUUUUAGUCACACAUAACAGAAAUUAUUUGUUUCAAGCAGAAGAUCAUGUAGAGAUGGCAAGGUGGAUGUCAGUUUUAAGCAACAGUAGGAAGGAAGCUUUGGAGAAGGCGUUCGGUGAACACGGCAGUGGUUUGCAAAAAGACAAUCUAAUGGACGAGACUCAUGAUUUACGUCAAAGAAUUGUUCGAGUCGUUCAAAGUUUGCCAGGAAACGAUAUCUGUGCGGAUUGUAAUUCUCCAGAUCCUACGUGGUUAUCGACUAUUGGGGUUCUAACUUGCAUUGAGUGUUCCGGUAUUCAUCGUGAGAUGGGAGUUCAUGUCUCAAGAGUGCGAUCAUUAACAUUGGACAACCUUGGUACAGCUGAAUUGUUGAUAGCAAAGGCGAUAGGCAAUGGUGGAUUUAAUGAAAUCAUGGAAGCAACACUGGACGACGAUUCAUUGAAACCAAAAUCAACUAGUAAAAUGGAUGAAAGAAAGGAGUUCAUUCGUGCCAAAUAUAUCAAUCAUAAAUACGCACAAAAGUUGGAGGAAAGUCCGUCUGGUCUUUCAAAGGGUCUAGCGAAAGCCGUACACAAGAAAGAUAUCUUAGCUGUACUACAAGUAUUUGCUGAAGGAGUUGACCUCAGUGCUCCCAUGCCUGAUCAAGAUAACAAGCACACAACAUCAUUGCACUACGCAGUGAGAAAUGACCAAGAUGAUACCUCUUUGCAUAUUGUUGAUUUCCUCGCACAAAACACAAGCAACAUAGACGUACUAUCAGAUGGCAACUCGGCACUGCACCUUGCUGCUGGUCUUUGUAAGACCGAAUGCAUUAAAGUACUGGUACGAGGUGGAGCUAACUCAAGUUUGGUAAAUGUUCAUGGUCAGACUGCAUUGGAUAUUGCUACAUCUAAAGGAAAUGACGAAACAAUUGAAGUGUUGAAAAGCAUUCAAGGAGGUAAAUUAAGUCAUUGUGACAAUGUUAAAAUUGACUGGGGACUAGAACAGGCUGAAAACAUUUACGAAGAUCCAUGUAAUUUUGAUGAUUUACGUAUUGAUUUACAAAGUGAAGACGAAAGCGUAGAUGAGCCUCUUAAGGCUGUUGGAACUCCGCCACGUGGUAGACGUCGACCAUUUAGCAUCGCCGUCAUGCCGUCCCCAGGCCAACGCUCUAAAGGAACGAGUAACGACAAUGAUGUCGCACAAAACUAUCAUCCAUCCAGUCAAUCUUUAAACGUCAUCGGUGAGCUAAAGAAGAGACACGGAUUAGGUGAAGAUCUUCAAAAAUCCCUUCGAAAAGUCGCACCCCCUCCUCCUCCUACGUCCACUAUCCCUGGUACAUAUGCUGGGGGACCUGUUUAUCCCACCACGCAGCACUCCACGUUUACCAAAGGUCAUAAUAGAAGUAACUCGACUCCUCACGACGACCUUCCACCGACACCUCCAGUAAGAGGAGCUUCUGUAAGUAAAUCAACACGUACAGCGGUUGCUAUCCCUAAAAGUCGCCCGGUAUCUCCUCCACCUAAACCAUACACCAUACAAUCAAAUAUGUCUACUCCUCAAAAGCCGACAAAGAAAUCUAAUUCAAUGGAAGCCCGUCCAAAGCCUCCAAUAGUGCCUAAACCCAAACAUGAAGACAUAAAUGAUUCAAGAAAAGUCACACGUACACUCUCAUCAUCUCCUCCCAAACUGCCUUCUCAUUUACCCUCACCUGCAGCUCGUCAAUCGUCACCUCCACCCGUGUCUACCCCAAACAUCUCCAGAACAACAUCUACACCGACAUCACGAAACGUACUUUCUAACCGGGUUGUGUCUCCACCCAAGAAUGGAGUACAAUCAUCAUCCACAACCCCAGCUAAAUUACCACCAUUACAACACAGAAAAGACGCCCAGGAACUUGUUCCCCCACCUCUACCACCAAAGCAGUUGAAACAAAAGAAGGAACCGGAGAAAGUUGAUGAGGACACUAAGCCACCGGAACUUCCACCCAGAGUAGUAUCUUCAUCAUCACUUAAGCAUAAUAUCAAGAAGGUUCAAGCAAUAUUCGAUUGCGAGGCAGAUAAUGACGAUGAACUAUCAUUCACCGAAGGCGAAAUUAUUAUAGUGUCUGGAGAGGCUGAUCCUGACUGGUUGAUGGGUUAUAUCGAAGGUAACCCUAAAAGGGAAGGAGUAUUUCCGACAACAUUUGUACGGGUUUUGGAAAGAGAAUGAAACCGUCAUUGUUGAAUGUACUCAACCUGGCUAUUCGGAAAGAUUACUGAAUAGUGUGAUAUGCAUUUGUGGAGAAAUGGGUAGUCGUAUGAAAGCCUUCUUACAUUGAACUAUUCAUGGACCACGUCAAGUCAACGAUCCAAGUAAUCGUUUAAUUUUACGAACUUAUGAAAACAAAAUUGAAAAUCGAAAUUCGCGGGGGAGAAUUUUGCAACAAUCUGUUCAACUAACGUAAUGACGAUAUGUAUGGAUAACGUAUACAGUUAAAAAAUAUUGAAGAUCGGCUUUAAAAAGAUAUAUUGUGACCGCCAUGGCCAAUGAACUGAUUAUCUAAUUUCAAAAUUUAUGAAUAAAAAUAUGUACUUAAAAUUACCACUUGAAUUACAAAAAGAAUUAAUAAAACUCUGAGACGACCACA